UCGAUAACAAUAAAUAAUUGUAUCAAAAUAUAAUCUAUUAAAUAUUUUAAAAUUUUUAUUUCGAUAAACAAAUAUUAUCCACUGUUCUUCACAUACUUAUCUAUUGAAUCUUAAAACUUUCCACAAUUUAAAGAAAAUGAAUAUUCAAACAUCCACACAGGAUACCGGUCUAUCAGGGUAUUCAUUAUCUCCAGAUUCUGUUAGGAAUGAAUCAUCAGAUAUUUCGUCAUUUACUCCUUCAGUCAAUAAAUUUAAAUGGUUUAGUUCUGACAAAAAUUUAAAAAAACAUGAUAAAUAUGGAAAAACUGAGGCAACAACAGACUUUCAGGAUGUAAAAUAUAAUAAGAAGCACGACAACUAUCAUCUCUCAACUCAUGACCAAAACUUUAUAUCCUCCAUGAGCGCAAAUGAUAAAAAGAACCAAGUCAGUGAUUUUUUGUACGCUAAAUCUCCGAUGUAUGAUUACAAAGAGGGCGUAUUAUUCCAAACUAAUUAUAAUUGGCCAGAUAAAAAAACUUUCAAAGAUGAAAAUGACUAUAUUGUUCAGCAAAACUUUGAAAGAGAUGGAUUCCAAGAAAGUCAUGGAAAAAUGGAGAGAGAAACUGGAGACAAAAGAGGCACCAUCUCUCGAGAAACUUGGUCAAAAAUCGGGAAAGACAAAUCAAUCCGGGAAGAAAAUUUAAAAUUCCAACAUUAUGGGCCUAUAUCCAAUUUACCUACUGCCUUACCCCCAGAAAGUAAAGAUAAAAUUUUAUCAACUUUAUAUGGCGAUGAGCGAGCCGGAAAACUUUUGGAAGAGCAAGAUUUAGUCUAUAAUAAUCGUUCUAUAUUUCCGAGGAAUAUUGAAGAUGUCCUGAAAAAUGAGAAAAGAUACGAUGGGUAUUCACAAGAAUCUGAUAAGGACAAAGUUACGACAACUAAAGAAAAUAUAGUAGAGCAAAGCUAUUGCGAUGAGUAUAUAAGUCAGUCUGGGACCAAGCCUUAUAUCGUACAACAAAUACCAACGGAAACUUUAUAUAGAGAAACGUCGGACAACGGAAUCACUGAAAAGUACUACCGUAAAAAUAUCGAAGAUGAAAAUAUCACCUAUUUUGGGCAUCCUUCUUUGGCAGCAUCCACCAUCAAUUCUUUUACCGAAAAUACAUAUGCAUUUGAUAAAGAAAAAGAAAGAUUGAACAAUAAAAUAUCCCUCACAGAUUCAAACGAUCACAUGAUAUCCAUUCACGGCGGUAACAAUAAAUAUCACCGGCAGAAUAAUACAAAAGAAAUAUCCGAAGGCACUUUUAAAGAAAAAAUUUACAAAAAAAACAAAAUGAUCGAAGAAGAAGUAUUUCUGCCAAAUGGUUCUUGCUAUUCAUCCACGGUCGUGCCCCUCAAGAAAAAUGCAUCGGUUCAAUAUGAGAUGAAACCCUCUUACAGGGUUGUGUUCGAAAAGCUGACUAGAAAAGAACGGAUUACUGAACGUGAAGCUUUGGACAAGGAAAACGCGGCGACUCAAACAUACGUUCCAUUCCUUCCUCGUCCAUCUCCGCCCAUAAUUAAGGAAAUCAGUAUGUCAACUCCUUCUUUGGUUGAUGAAAUCCAAAUCCAAACACCCACACCCCCUCCACCUAUUAUCAUCGUUGAGAAAUCUGAAGAAAAUUACAAAGAACUCUCCAAAUCUUUAGGAAAUAUUGUUUUGAGUAUCAGGGAUUUGAGUGAUAAACUUGACAAAAAACUCGAAGAACCUCCUCCUAUUAUUUUACCUCCUAUGAUACCCGAGAAGGCUAAAAUACCAAUAUAUAUUGAUUCCGAUAAAGAUACAGUAUUCCGACCAAAGGUUGAAGAGGAGCAAAAGAUAGAUCGUUACUAUAUAGAGACGGAUCGUCCUAUUGCCAAGGUGAUUGACACCCCCAUUGUUAAAUCACAAAGGAAAAACAUGAAAACACGAAAAAUUAAAAAAGUGAGGAUGGAAGAAACUGAAAACAUAUUGCAACAAUAUCCCGAUUACCAAAUUAAUCGCAGUAAUUUUUACUUCGGGGACGGUUCGGAGGCUGCCUUAGAAACUGGAAAAGGAAGUUUGAGUAAAGCCACUCAUUUGCAAAAUGGAGAUAUCGCAAAAGACGUAUCAGAAGCAUACUACGUUAAAGCAUCUGUUAAUGGAGGUCCAUCUAAUUAUAAACAAUAUAUGGCUUAUGAGCAAAAAGCAUCAAGAAAAUUUGAGCUUCCCAACAUUGAAUUACCAAACGAAUCGGACAAAAAGAUGAUAGAUCAAAAUUAUGGGGGAAACAUAUAUAAAAAGUUGGAUUCACCUGAUGGAAAACUUAUAACUCAUACACAUAUGAUGAAAGAAAAGGCUGAAAAUACACCCGAUAGUAAGGCGAAUAUUAUAGAAUCAGAAGAUGAGCCUGAAGUCGUAGAAUUUUAUAAAAAGACACAAACUCACAAACACAAAAAAAUUGUUAUAAAGUCUGACGCUGGGGGCACAGAAAAGAUAAUAACGGAAAAUAUAUAUGACCCACCUAUUAUAAUUACUAAAAGCUCGAGAUCUUCCGACGGUAAUGAUAACAUAAGGAUAGAAAAGGAAUUUAGUCACGAAAAAUCCAAUUAUAGAGGUGAUUCUUCGCUCUACAAUAAUAGACAAGCAGAAUGGGCUAACGAGAAAUAUAAUUCGAAUUUUGGGCCUCAGAAUGAAUCAUUCGUUUCCACAAACCUGUCUUCGAAAAAAAAUGAACAAAUAUUAGACGAUGACUCCGGCAUCGUGAAUUCAUCGCCACCUUACCCUCCUUCAGUGGGAAACUUUUCGCCUUCUUUGAGGAGAGAUUAUAAUGUUAGCAGGACACCGGAAAAUAUAACGUUGAUACCUAAUAGGUUUAGAGAUUCUUACCAAUAUCGAGAAGGGGGCAGUAAUACAAAUGUAGACAAAGAAGGCAAAUAUUGGCAUUUCAAUGAAUCCAACAAGCAGUAUCCUUAUCCAAUAGCUCCUAAAUAUAGAGAUAAUUGGCAUGGAGGUUAUAGGCCAACAAAUUAUGAUAAAGCCUGGGAAGAUUUGAGCGAGAGACAAAGCCAAGUUGAUGACAGUGAAUCAUUGCGAAAUUUUUCUCCCAACAUCGAUAACAAUUACAGAACCAAUAAACUUGGCCCAAAUAGAUUAGAUAUUGAAAAAAUGUCAAAAGAAGAAUUUAAAUAUAAAAAUCCCUAUCAAUAUUCCUAUGAUCAAGUUAAAGAAAAUGGGUUUAACUCUAAUUCGUCACCCGAACGUGGUCCAUUUAACGAAACAAAUCACUAUCGAUCCGAUUUUCAACCCAAUUUUUAUGUGCCAACUAUUCCAGCCGUCAGAAAUGAUAAUAGAAAUACGCAAAUAAUUGAUAGGGAUGGUAAUUUGACAUUAGAUCAAAGACCUGAUGGCAAUUUCGAAAAGUGGAAAUAUGUGUAUAAGGAUGAUAAAAAUGGUGAAAUAAUUGAAGAACAAGGGAAAAAAACUUUUAAUAAAAUUUCUGCCAAUAGCAGAAAAGAAAUGGAUAAAGAAUUUAAAGUUAUUAACACUCCCGAAAAGAAAAAAAUAGAUUUUUCUACAAAAUUUUUCCCUAAAAACAAUUAUGAAAAUAAAUAUCGCAUUCAAGCCUGAAUGUUAAUUUUAUCAAUAUUUUAAUAUCUUUUUCAAUGAGCGUUGGUUAAUAAUUU